GAGUCUUUCUCUAAUUUCCACGUUUUCACAUCUCCGCUCGGCAAUCUAAGCAACAAUGUGCAGCCGGCUUGAAUGGUGUCUUCCCUUGUGGUGUCAACGGCAGUUGUGCGAGAAGACCCUUCGCCGAGGUGCAUCAUGAACAACGGACUCGGACAAGAUCGAAAUUGAUAUGAAUUUGCACGCUCGAUCGACGUGUGACGCUCAGGGCUCGGCGCUCAGCAUACCUCGGAGUUGCUUGCAUCGUCGCUAGACUCGUGCCUAUCAACAUCGCAGCUGUCUGAAUGCACAUCGUUAUCCUCUGUGACGAUGUCGGAGUCCCUCGGAGAACGGUUGGACGCCAUGUUGAAGAGUUCACAAACUGACGCACCAACGACACUCCUCCCAGACGAGCUAUCUUGUCUGGUCAGCUCUUUCUUACCAUCUAGCGCACUAUCUCUGCGGUCGAAAGCCUAUGUUACACUUUCUGCUAUCUGUCAAACGUUUCGACUUCCGUCGAAGGCGUCCUCCACGAAGCAGCAAGAUGCUGCAACGGAUGCCAUGCAGAGGAUAUUCGGCCCUCCAAUAGUGUCGCAACUCUCGGACACCGUGGAGACGGAAGUCCUUGCAGGCCUAUCAUUCCUUGCUGCUCUCUUCGAGGUUGACUGGCAAGUAGCAGCAGCCGUAUUUCAGGAGGAUGGGGUGCUUGAUUCUGUCAUGGAUGCAUUGGACCUAUUCUCCAAAUCGCCCCAGAUCUCUCGCGCUGUUGCUCAAUUGCUCGCGCAAGCCAGUGGCCACAAGUCGUGCCGAGUCAUCAUCUCAUCGCAGCAUCUACAGUGGCUGUCUGCGAAAUCGCGUCAGACUGCCGACGGCGUCCUUCGUGCAGCUGCGGCCGUUGCCCUUGUCAAACUUUCGCGGGGAGCUGGUGCCGAUGCUACAGAGAUUGCAGGCGACCGAAGCGAGACACCCGCAGCGGACGAGGAGGAGCUUGUGAAGUUGAUGAGGGGACUUGUGGUUGAGGGUACGGAAACUUCCUCUCUUGCAGAUGCCGUAGAAGGUCUCGCAUAUAUGAGCCCCGACACCGCCGUCAAGGAACAGUUAGCAGACGAUCCCUCCUUCCUGAAACGGCUUUUCUCGGUAGUGCCUCGUCGGAAAGGCCUCGUCAUGCAUGGUUCUCCUGCUGAGGACACCACGAGAUCUCCUCUGUACGGCGUGAUUAUAAUUAUCUCAAACCUCUGCUGCUACAGACCGCGUCUCACGGAAGAGGAGAACCAGAUGGCAAGAUUGCGACGGAUGGCGAACACCCCAGGCUCUUCCUCCAAACCUUCUGAGGAAGUCGAUCCUCUGGACGAUGAUGACCAUGUACGAAUGCGAGGACGCAAGCUCGUACAAGCGGGCGUUCUUGAUACUCUCACUGCAGCUGUACGUGCUACAGAGAGCCGUGCUGUCAGGCUUGCAGUGGGAAAGAGCCUCCUUAGUCUGGUUGAGGACCACGAUAACCGCGGCAAGGUAUUGCAGGCAGGCGGGGCGAAAGCAUUGGUGCUUAUAAUCCAAGAAGUCCUGUCAGUCCCAUCCUCGAAGUCGACAACGUCGCAGAUGUCGCAGCUGGACGUGUCAGACAUUGAGCCAAUACAAGCUCUCGCAAAGCUGGCAAUCACUUCUUCUCCUGUUCAAGUUUUCGGUCCAAACGAGGGAGCUCUUUAUGAUGCCAUUCGUCCGUUCUCAAUCAUGCUCAUACAUCCCAACUCUACCCUACUCCAGCGUUUCGAGGCUCUCAUGGCCUUGACAAACUUGGCUUCACAAAGCGGAGAAGUUGCCACCCGGAUUGCCCGUAUGGAGGGCGUUUUGAACAAAGUGGAGCUGCUCAUGUUAGAGGAACAUACUCUGGUUCGUCGAGCAGCUACGGAACUCAUAUGCAACCUGAUAGGCGGCUGCGAGGAAGUUUACAAUAAGUACGGUGGCGAGAAGUCGUCGGCUUCAAAGUCGAAGUUGCAGGUGCUUGUUGCAUUGUGCGACGUUGAUGACCUGCAGACACGGCUCGCGGCGUCCGGCGCCAUCGCUAUUCUAACCUCCUCUCCUGAUGCAUGCCAGAUCCUUAUUGAAUUGCAGCACGAACGACACCGAGUGCUCCCAAUCUUAGGCCAGCUCAUUGAUCCCUCCAUUGUCACCGUAGCGGACCAGGGUGACGAAGAUGAUAUCGAGACAUCCCCCUUAGAACCCGAUCCCGGGCUUGUGCACCGAGGCGUGAUCUGCAUACGGAACCUUUUUGACGCCGUGCAAGGCGCCGCUGCGCGGAAAGAAAUAGCUAUAGAGGCUGAUAAAGCGGGAGUAGUCCAGGCACUGGUCGGUGUCAUCAAGAAGUCCCCUGCAAAUAGCAACUCGCCUGUACUGCAGCCUACAGCAGGAGUUAUUAAGUGGUUAUUGGAGAACGGAAUAGAGAUCACCAUAUGACCAGUUCAUGUUCAAUAAACGUCGCAUAUUGCAUAUAGCAUAAUCUCUGGCUUUGUGUCCUGCUCGUGUUCAUCUGUCCUGCAAUGCAUUGAUCGUCCACCUCUUUACGGUUCCGCUCGCAGGACUAACGAAUCUCAUGCAGUAUCCUAUAGCACAAUUUCGCCGCUGUUGUACGCUCACAGCGGAUGCUUUGACUCUGGAAUUUCUGAUCGUACAUCGUACGGAAUCGCUGCCGGCCCGAAUGACCCGUACGUUCCUCCUUCACAGCGCA